AUGUCAGACAUAACAUCACUCCCCUUUGAGGCAACAGAAGAGGAUGAACCAGUUAUAUCCAACUCAAAAUCUUUUAACUCAGGCCCAGCUCAGAAUUUAACUGUUGAUGACAUUGAUGAUUUUGAGGAUGAUGAUGAUUUGGAGGAACUGAAUAGUCGCAGGUAUUCAAGGAGAACAAUGAAUGAUACUAUUGAUCUUGUUGUGGGUUUGCCUUCAUUUGCAAUAGGUAUAACUAAUGACGAUCUUCGUGAAUCUGCCUAUGAAAUCCUUCUGGCUGCUGCAGGAGCUUCGGGCAAGGGACUUAUAGUGCCAUCAAAGGAGAAGAAAAAAGAAAAUAAAUCCAAAUUGUUGAAGAAGCUUGGAAGGAGUAAGAGUGAACAAGUUACAAAUCAAUCCCAACAAUCGACUGGUUUGACUGGCCUACUGGAGACAAUGUGUGUCCAGAUGGAGAUUUCUGAGGCGAUGGACAUUAGAACAAGACAAGGGCUACUCAAUGCAAUGGCUGGAAAAGUGGGGAAAAGAAUGGAUGCUCUUUUGAUUCCUCUCGAGUUAUUAUCCUGUGUUUCUCGAACCGAAUUUUCUGACAAAAAAGCUUACAUAAGAUGGCAAAAGGGACAAUUGAAUAUGUUGGAGGAAGGACGUGUGAAUCACCCAGUUGUGGGAUUUGGAGAAUCUGGUCGCAAAGCAAGUGAAAUGAGGAUUCUAUUGGCAAGAAUUAAAGAAUCUGAGUCAUUUGCACCUUCUGUGGGUGAACUUCAACGCAUAGAAUGUUUGAGAUCUUUGAGGGAGAUUGCCAUUGCACUUGCAGAGAGGCCAGCUCGUGGUGAUUUAACUAGUGAAGUAUGUCAUUGGGCAGAUGGGUAUCAUUUGAAUGUCAAAUUAUAUGAGAAACUUCUUUCCAGCAUUUUUGAUGUUCUAGAUGAGGGGAAACUAACUGAGGUAUGUAAAUUUUAUAUCCAAUGUUAA